AUGUCUGAGCUACAUGUUCGUUGUGCCACUCCAACUAUGUCAAAUCCUGGCGACGAAGUGUCCUCAUAUGCUGAUGACAAACUCUCCAGCAUCGAUUCUACCGAGUCUCAAUAUCGGUGUUCUACACCUACUGACUCCCUGGUACAGGACCGCCGCGCAUUGGAGGAGGAUCCAAUCGAUUGGUGGGGCACCUAUGUCCCUUUAGAGUCAUGGAUUCCCCCCAAAUCGGAGAGCAUUCCGACAUUUCAAGGAAUCAUCGGACUGGAAUCAUAUCCGGUGUAUAAAUGCAAGUUCUACAUAACCCCUAUUCGGCCCGGUAUUCUGAAAACAUCCCCAUUAAAUGAUUCCAUGGGAAAGAAAGAGAAAAAAUACGAACUUUGUUUCAAUGGUGACUUUGAUGAAGUCACAAGCAUGCUGUCCGACAUGUAUGUAACUGAAUUGCUUCGGACCCCAAACUUUUUAAGAGGCCAACAUUCCCGAACAAUCAAAGGUCCUGUUGAAUUAGGAGGUGCAACAUCGGAAGAUUCAGCUAAAUCGCAGACAUCACCAAAUGCCAUCAGUCCGGUGAUGGAUUCAACAAUUCUCCAAGAUCCUUAUGAUUGUGGAUGGGACGAUCCGACUGUCGAUGGAGCUGCUGCCGUUCACGAGUUUUCCGCACCCGAUUCAUACAAUUGCGGAUGGGAGGAUGGCACCACAGCGCCGGAAGAAGCUGCGAAGCCUGGAGAUGGAAAUGCAAUAUCUGAAGAAUGUAUGCCAAAUUCACAGACAUCACCGCAUCCCAUGGAUCCGGUGCCGGAUUCCAUGACUCUCAUCGAUGAUCCCUAUGAUUGCGGAUGGGAUGGUGCUAUUGCACCCUCAAAUCAGUUAUCGAUGCCUGAUCCUUAUGAUUGUGGAUGGGAGGACCAAACUGCAGCUCCGAAUGAAGUCAUAAUGCCGGGAGAAAGAUCAGAUAAUGAUGAACCGGAGGAAGGCGAGUACUAUCUUGGCAGCCAACAUUUGAUUACUCAACCGCAAAGCAGACUGGGCUGCAUUGAACCUAUACCCGCAGAUGAUGUAUACCAGUCCGAAUGGGAUGAUCCGAUGGUGAACAGGGCGGUAUCGCUAAAUGAGUCUGCCGCUGCAGACCCAUACGAUUGCGGAUGGGAGGAUAGUGUAGAUACCGAAGCCUCAGCAAUGAAUGUCUCAUCGGAAGAAAGAUUGAAUCCAAGCCAGGAUGAAGGUAUAAAUCAACCUUCCUGCCAGGAAGGCCGUGAUUCAACAGAUGAUACGGCUCAUUUGUCACACUCUAUUGACAAUGUUAGUCAACUGAGACAUGCGGGAAAUCGUUCAUACGAGUCCGGGUGGGAUGAUCCGGUUGUCCAGGAGACGGCUCUCUCAAAGUCAUCGACGGCCAAUCCUUACGACUGCGGAUGGGAGGAUGAUGCUUCGUUGCCAGAAAAAACAACAACAACGGGAGAUAGCACCGAUGAUACAUAUGGAUGUGGGCGGCAGGACUUUGCGAUGACCACAACUGCCGAGAUAUUUCAGGAUCCUUCCGAUGAACAUGGGGACUAUAGUGCAAAUCGGCACAUUGUUCCCACCGAUCGGUCUAGGUCGGAUUCAAUAAAUUCAUUCAAAGUGGAUGACGUUGAUAUGGAAAACACACUUCCGGACAUUCAAAAGGACAGCACCGAGGAUCUUUACGAUUUGUCUGAGAUGAGAGAGGAAAUUGAUGUCAUUGACCUGACAUCGCCAGAGGGGAGAGAAGUUAUAGACCUUACAUCUUUACCUGCCACCUCAAGGCGGUCCUCUUCACCAGCCGAUCCCAAUGUGUUUGAGGAGGCUGAAGAGUCCAUGCGUCGAGCUAUCCAACGACUAAAUAGCAUAGGACAUAAUGACUUCGAUCGAUAUAUACACAGCAUUGUCACACCAGCGGUCACACGUGUGCCUGACCCUCGGCCGGCAAUCACAUUCAUGGCAAAUCGAAGUUUGUUUGGUGCAUACGCGGAUGCCAAAGAUCGGGUGACCUGA